UACUCGAAUCUCUGUUCUCAAACUCUGUUUCUGACACACAGAUUUUGACGGAUCAAUCAUUUUCUCCUUGUCUCCUCUGAUCCCAUCUCUUUUCAUGGCGAUCGCCGCUGCUUCUUCCUUCUCCGUCGGUCCUUCCCGGUGUCAUUUCUGUCAAGUAGAAGGGGCUUAUUACUCACCAUUACUUGGUGUCAACAAUGGUUGGAUCAAACAUACAUUUGAUGGCGGAAAAGCGAACGACUUGCCUGGCAUAAGUUUCAGAUGCAAGGAUCCGUUCUUCGGAUCAACGCAAUUUCAUUGGUUAUCUGUGGGACGCGAUCUUUCCCUUUCAAAAGUUUUAGUUGCUGCGGAUUAUUCUGAUUCAGUUCCUAAUUCAUCGAGUUAUGGAAGUAACCAAGGCUAUCACCCUCUUGAAGAAAUUAAGGUUUGCAAGAGGAUCCAGGAAACAAAACUAUCAUCAGCUGAAAUAGCAAGGACAACUGUCGAGGCUAACAGCAAUGCUUUGCUAGUCUUUCCCGGGAUGGUACAUUCUGAACCUCAUGAACAGAUUUCAUGGGCUGAGUUUCGGUAUGUUGUUGAUGAUUAUGGAGAUAUCUUUUUUGAAAUUUUGGAUGAUGAAAAUAUCUUAAAAGAUCGUGGAGCGAGUAACCUUGUGAAUGUUCUGAUUGGGAUGGACAUCCCAGUACGAGACAAUAACCAGGCAUCCGGUGACUUUAACUUUUCAGACAUUGGGACCGAUGACGAAUUUCUUCUUGAUGAGGAAUAUUUUGAGGUUAUGGAUUCUGAAAUAUCUGAGGCUCCAGUUUAUUGGGGGAUGCCAGAUUUGGCUAAUACCAGCUGGGUUCAUCCUAUUUAUUUUUCCAAGUGCUUGAUGAAGGCUGUACUUGAGGAACAUGAAAGAAAAAUGGACCAUCCCUCGAAUGGGGUAUCAAUUGUCGGUUGCCUUCGACCAGUCUUCGCCGAUGAAGAGGCAUAUCUAAGAAGGCUAUUCCAUUUUGAAGAUGACGAAGGAUAUGCCUCAAACCGGAAAGAUGGCGAAGUUCCCAAAUUUAGUUCCAAAUAUGGUGGAUGUAAAAGUGGGUCAACACUUUAUCGGUUGGAGAUGAUGCGAAUUGAAUUAUUCUCUGUAUACGGUGUCCAGUCCUUAAUUAGCUUGGAAGAUUUUCAGGAUGCUGAGCCUGAUGUCCUUGUACACUCUACUUCGGCAAUUUUAGAGCGUUUUAGUGAGAAGGGAAUCCAGUGCAAUGUUGCUCUAAAAGCUCUAUGCAAGAAAAAGGGUCUCCAAAUAGAGGGAGCUAAUCUGAUUGGAGUUGAUAGUCUUGGCAUUGAUGUUAGAGUUUUCUCUGGAGUGGAAGUACAGACUCGUCGUUUUCCGUUCAAAAUUCGGGCUGUGUCCACAACGGCAGCUGAAAAGCAAAUCCGACAACUACUCUUCCCCCGGUCUCGCCGUAAGAAAUGCCAGUGUCAUGGAGAUAAGCUUUGAGGUCCAGCUAUGGGCAUCUAUGUCAUCCGGACUCACAAUUUAGCAUCGGAUAUACGAGUGUUGGACAUGGAUAUGCUCAAUUACUUGGGCCAUAUUCAUAUCUUAAUAUCCAUAUUCAAAUGCGAUGUGGCAUUGAUGUUGGAUAUCGAGUAUUUUAAGAAAAAUGAAGCGACCAUGUAACAUA